GCAAGAGAGCGAUCAUUGCAGGGCCUCAGAAAUCGCUCCCACGGCAAGACUCACCACCCGUUGGGUCGGCCAGACCAGACUCCGCCUUCCCGCUUGCCCGCCUGCCGCUCUUCGCCGCAGAUCUUCUGAAUAAAAGCAAGCUGUAGAGCGACAAACUUGGUAGCGCUGAAGAGCGACCAGACAGGAAUCGCCAGGCAGUAAAAUCAGCUUGCCGUAAGCAUGUCCACCACGCGACCUGGUCAAGCAGCAUUCGAGGUGGCCUAUCUCGGCCCACCAGGCACCUAUUCGCACCAAGUGGCCCUUGGGCUCUAUCCUGACUACCGUGACAACCAAGCCUCCAGCUCAAAGGUCACCCUAAUACCCUAUGACACUAUCACGCAAACUGCCGCUUCUAUCUUAAGUGCCUCGGCACCUCGGCGCUUGGCGUUGUUACCCUUGAAGAACUCGACGCAUGGCAUCGUCAAGGAGACGGAGGAAUUUCUCGCGAGCAGCCCAGUGCCCGUAGAGACGAUCAAGACGGUGGAGCUCGCUGUCAGGCAUGCAUUGCUGGUCAACAGCAAGACGUAUGAGAGGCUACAGCAAGUCAAGGAUAGCGACCGUCCUCUCAGCGACGAAGCGCUAAAGUCAAUAGAGAAGGUCUACUCCCACGAGCAGGCCCUUGGCCAAUGUCGCCACUUUCUAGACUCGCACCUCCCGCUCACUUCAUCCCAAGACGGCCGCAUCAACGUCUCAAGCACAGCGUUGGCCGCCUCAAUGAUAGCCAAGGACGACUCCGGCACCAUGGUUGCUGCGCUCGCCUCAGAUAUCUGCGCGACAAAAGGUAUCUACGAGGGAUUGAAGGUAGCGAGAGCGGGCGUACAGGAUAGAGACGAUAACGUCACUACCUUCAUUCUGGUGAGAGCGAGAGAAGAGGGACAGAGAUGAGACAAUACCAUAGAUCAAGUGACGAGCCUACGCCGAGUGUGAGAAGGCAUCGAAGCCGAUGAGCUCUGGCGGCAUGGUGCGAUUUCCUUCUCACGUUUCUUCUUGACUCUUGCUCUAACUCGUCGUCGUCCUCGAA